AUGUCAUCAGCUGAGUGGGGCUGACCUAGAGAGGAGAGACGCACACAGGAAAUGACUGAAGGGAGGAGACACUUUUACAGUGAGCACAGAACAAUGUCUUCUGCAGGACAACUUCAUGAAGCACCCUGGUCACCCUAGCCGGGGUCCCCUCUAAUCUUCUGCACCCCCCUCUGCCCUGGAGGAUUCUGGGAACUCCCAGCCAGAAAUCUUCUGCACCAUGUCUAACCGAUAUUCAGACCCAUCCGUGGGUGACCAAUCUUAUCUUCUGUAUGACAAAAAUGCAAACGCCGAAGCCAAUUUUUCCAAACAGCGAAAAACGUUGAAACCCGUGGAUAACGCCUCGUACCUCCCAGACCGGGCCCCUACCCCAGUUGAGGCCAACCGAGUUAUCCUGAGUACAGAGAGCCCGGCUGCCCACAAACUAGGAACUCAGCAAUUGAUUCCAAAAGGCUUGGCCAUUGCCACAAAGACUAAGAACCCUCGGCACCACACUAUUGCAUCGUCAACUAUUACCAAGGAAUUUCUGCAAAGGGAGCAAAAGAGACUAGCCAUCCCCGAGCUUUCUGUAGAGGAUGAUAUUGAUAGUGGUGGGUUAAAAAGGAAUUUAAGGAAUCAGUCUUACAGGGCAGCUGUGAGGAGCUUUAAAGAUGAAGAUAUCCAGCCCUUAAAGCCGAUGUCAACCCUAAAGCCGGUUUCAGAAGAUCCACAUGCUCCACCCCCGAGGAGUCCUGGAAGAUCUAAGAAAACAUUCGGAAAGAAAAAACUGCAGCGUCACGCGGGUUCCUUUAAAGACGACCCCAGGCUGUACCAGGAGUUUACCGAGCGGGGGCUCAUCUCGAACAGCCCGGAGUCCGACGACGACCUACUGGAAGACAACACUACCCCAGCCGUGCCACGUCCAGAUGAUGGCAUCGUGGUGAAAAACUACCGUCCAGCCCAGCUCAUCUGGAGCCAGCUUCCACAGGUACAAGAAUCUGGCAUUCUGGAUAGCAUCACACCGGAGGAACGCAAAAGACAAGAGGCCAUCUUUGAAAUCAUCACAUCGGAGUAUUCCUACCAGCACAGCUUGGACGUCCUUGUCCGUCUCUUCAAGAAAUCCGAUGAGCUAAAACCGACAAUCAAUGGCACCGACCACCACCACCUCUUCUCCAACGUUGUUGAUAUACUGGAAGCCAGUAAGAGAUUUUUUGAUGACUUGGAGAUGCGGCACAAGGACAAUGCUUUCAUCAACGACAUCAGUGACAUUGUGGAGAACCAUGCACUGAACCACUUUCAGCCGUACGUCAUAUACUGCUCCAACGAAGUGUACCAGCAGAGGACCCUCCAGAGGCUGCUAUCCACGAACGCGGCCUUUAAGGAAACGCUGACCCAGAUCCAGAUGAAGCCGGAGUGCGGAGGUCUGCCAAUGAUUUCUUUUCUCAUUCUUCCCAUGCAGAGGGUCACUCGGCUCCCUCUGCUGAUGGAUACUAUCUGCCAGAAAACGGACUCGUACUCUCCGGAGUAUGAAGCCAGCACCAGGGCACUGAAAGCCAUCAGUAAGCUGGUAAAGCAAUGCAACGAGGGGGCUCGGAAAAUGGAGAGGACAGAAAUGAUGUACACGCUUCAAACACAGCUUGAAUUUGGAAAGAUAAAGCCCUUCCCUCUGAUCUCCGCCUCCCGCUGGCUUCUAAAGAGAGGUGAACUUGCGCUGGUGGAAGAAGCUGGAAUCUUCCGCAAAGGCUUUGGGAGGCCUUACUGCUACAUUUUCCUGUUUAACGACGUUCUCAUCAUUACCAAGAAGAAGAACGAUGACAGCUAUCUGGUGAUGGACUAUGUGACGACAGAUAAGUACGCAGUGGAUGAGAUCGAUAAUGGAGAGACCGUGAUUUCUCCCACAGCAAAGUCGGGGACCUCUGGAAGCCGAAGUCCGGCCGGGCCCUAUUUGUUCCAGAUAACCAUGAAGAAGAACAGCGAGGGGCGGCCAGAGCAGAUUGUGCUGGCAACAGAUACAACGAGUGACCGGGCCCGAUGGAUUACAGCGCUAGAGGUCAGAGAAGAAAAUAAGCGUUAUAGCAAGUCCAAGACGGCAGGAUUGCUCCAGGUGGAGAUUAUAAAGGCCUACAUGGCGAAACAGGCAGACGAGGUGUCUCUGCAGCAAACAGACGUUGUCUUGGUGCUUCAGGAUGAAGACGGUUGGUAUCGGGGUGAACGACUGCGCGACGGAGAGCGGGGUUGGUUCCCCGGGUCUUGCGCUAAAGAAAUCACUAGCCAGGUAGCCGUGGAGCGGAACGUGAAACGUAUGGAGAGGCUGCGGCUCGAAACCGACGUGUAACCAAACUUAGUGGUUUGUUUUUUUAAAUUGUAACAAAUGGACACUCCGAGGUGCUACUUGAGGACUCCGU